UCCGGUUGGGGGCUGGCGGCACCGGCACCACCCAUUGACGAGAAUUGACUCUCCGCAGCCACCGUCUCCUUCGUGAGGUCCCAUCCAAUCAGAGCUUCGCCGGAAGGGGCGGGGCAAAGAGGCACGCGUUGUGCUUCUGGCUGUGUCUGCUGCGGUUGAUUUUGGCAUGGGGGAAAUUUAUGCGAAGUUUGUGUCUCAGAAAAUAAGCAAAACCCGCUGGCGACCGGUGCCUCCGGGGAGCCUGCAGACCGCGGAGACCUUCGCUACCGGCUCUUGGGACAAUGAGGAAAAUUAUGUUUCACUGUGGUCUAUUGGAGAUUUUGGAAACUUGGACUCUGAUGGAGGGUUUGAAGGAGAUCAUCAGUUAUUAUGUGAUAUCAGACACCAUGGUGAUGUAAUGGAUUUACAGUUUUUUGACCAGGAAAGAAUUGUAGCUGCUUCAUCAACAGGAUGUGUAACAAUUUUCCUUCACCAUCCAAAUAACCAGACUCUGUCAGUCAACCAGCAGUGGACAACAGCUCACUACCACACAGGUCCUGGUAGUCCUUCCUAUAGCAGUGCACCAUGUACAGGUAUUGUAUGCGAUAACCCAGAAAUUGUUACCGUUGGAGAGGAUGGUCGAAUAAAUCUCUUCAGAGCUGAUCACAAGGAAGCUGUAAGAACUAUAAAUAAUGCAGAUAGCAGUACACUCCAUGCUGUAACCUUCCUUCGAACUCCUGAGAUUCUUACGGUAAAUUCAAUUGGACAGUUAAAAAUAUGGGAUUUCAGACAACAAGGAAAUGAGCCCUCUCAGAUAUUGUCACUGACUGGUGACCGAGUGCCACUCCACUGUGUUGACAGACAUCCCAGCCAGCAGCAUGUUGUAGCUACUGGUGGCCAAGAUGGAAUGUUGAGUAUUUGGGAUGUUAGACAAGGUACUAUGCCUGUAUCUCUGCUGAAGGCUCAUGAAGCUGAAACUAAUCUGCACAGAAAUAAGCUUCUCCGUUCUUAUCUCUUAGUGUGGGAAGUUCACUUUCACCCAUCCAACCCAGACCAUCUAUUUACUUGUUCCGAAGAUGGAUCCCUCUGGCAUUGGGAUGCCUCCACAGAUGUACCUGAAAAGUCAUCACUCUUUCACCAAGGAGGAAGAACUAGUACUUUUUUGUCUCACAGCAUUAGUAACCAGGCUAACGUUCAACAGUCUCUUAUAAGUUCCUGGCUCAGCACUGAUACUACAAAAGACCGUAUUGAAAUCACAAGCUUGCUUCCUAGUAGGACUCUAUCUGUGAACAGUUUGGAUGUUUUAGGUCCUUGUCUUGUUUGUGGAACUGAUGCAGAGGCAAUUUAUGUUACUAGACAACUUUUUGUGUGAAAGUACUGUGAUUAUAGGAUUUUCAGUAAAACAUCCUUUUGAAUUAGCCUUUUGAACUGUAACUCCAUACAAAAUUCUGUUAUUGGAAAAUGUGAGAUUUGCAGGGGAAACAUCAGUAAACUAUUGUUAAUGUUGCUGUCUAGUUUCGGCUUUCAUUAGUUGUAUACUCCCAACUAAUAAGCUGAAUGAUGCAGAAUCUGACAGAUAAAAAAGGUCAGAGGAAUCCUUGUGUUGAUGAGUAAGUUGCCUUCAAACAGACUACUGUCAACAGUUCGUGGAACCAACUCUUAAUUUUUGAUAUUAUGAGACUUAGUCAAAACCACCAACAGGUUUCUAUAAUUUUUAUCAACAGUAUAUGGAGUAUACCCCUUCCAGUGGCAUUAGCCAGUGUUAAUGUUUAUUCUUUUUAUUGCAAGUAUUUUCUUCAAUCCCCAUUUUAUUUCCUUAAUAAUUUUAAUAAAUUUUUUUGGAAAGAAUUGAGUAAAGCAAAAAUGACAGAUUUAUAGCCAUGUUCCAUUUUUUUAAAGGUGAAGAUGUUUUGACAAGUUUAUUCAUUAGAAUAGGUUUGACCAGAACCCUGUCAACUGCGUAGUCCCAACUUUUUUUUUUUCUUGGAAAGAAAAAAGAAAAAUACAUUUUUCCUAAGGAUUUUGCUUUUGUUUAGUUUUACAGUGUAAUUGAAAAUUGCCAAGCUGUACAUUGUACAAUAAAGUAGAAUUUGAUAUUGAUAAGUGAAUUGACUUCAAACUAAAAUUUGAUAGAUAACAAGUGUGAUAAUAGUAUGAUAAUGUAGUAAGAGUAAAGAAUGUUACCAUAUUUAUCCUUACCCAAUAUAUUAAUGAUGGCCUAACAUGUAGUGUUUUAAGACAAUUUUAUGAUAUUGUCUUUCCAAAGUCCAAAUAAUGUAGAUUAAAUACAUUAUUGACCUAAGACCUUAAAGACAAAUCACUGCUAUUACACAAUUGAAGUGUGUGUGUUCAUUUACUUUAUAAUUCAAAUAAUUAUGAGUAAUUAUGGUAAGGUUUUGCCUUUCUGUCCUGAUAAAUAUUUUCAGUUUUUUUUUUUUUUUUUAUGUCAUCUUACUUCAGGGGUUUUUUUCAACACUUUAAAAUGAAAUAUAUAUGCAUCCGCUUUUUUAUAUAUAUUUGGCUCAAAAAUAUUUGAUUAAAGAUAAUUAGUAACUUUGAAUUCCAAAGAAUUGGAGAAGGAAAGAAAAUGUUGCUGAUAGGAAUUUUUCCCUCCUAUCUUCCUGUUGAAGGAGCUGAUAGAAAUUUUUAAUCUGUUUAUAUUUUUAUUGCUGGGGCUAAUUUUUUAAGACUUUCUGUUAUUUCAAAAAUAAUUCAUUACAUAAAAAGCAAAUAUAGUUAAAGGAAAAUUUUAAGUACUUAAAAUCUCAAGCAGACAAUAUUCUUUUCAUACUCCUAUCAAUAAAAAAAAUUUUUGAUAAAA